AUGGAGUUUCUUGCCAAAAAAUAUCCCAUGAUAAGCAUUAGAAGGACUGCAAACAAAUGAGCACGGCAUUGCUGAUGAUUCACUGUAGGCCUACUUCUAGGGAACUUCAAAGUUAAACUUAGUGCUAAGAAAAUGUAUCAGUUUGCUUCGAAAUUCCCCUUAAUAAGUUGUGAAGCUGGACCUUUACCUUUGUCGUGUUUAGUGUCGCUCGCUAUUUCAGGUUAGCCCCCUUAGUGCUGAAGCCUGCUAUUUUGGAAACGCCACCUUGAGAGGCAAGAGCCGUCGAGUCUCUCCGGGGGCUGGAGAGAGGGAGAAAUAUAGCGAUUUACGGGGGAGAGAGGGAGAAAUAUAGCGAUUUGCGAGCGAUUUACGAACGCAAGCCAACAACAGACCCGACGCAGGAUACAAGCCCGAUGUUCACACCGAGUUACCUCCUCUCUCUGUCUGCCUGCGUGCUGCUGACUGUCACCAACACACGCGUGACAGCCACAGCCACCACCGGUGAGUAUUGUCACGGCUGGACAGACCAAAGAAAUAACCGGAGAGAGGGCUUCUACUGCCCCGAGAAAGACGACAGGAAAAGUGCUAUAAUAUGCUGCGGAAGAUGCGAAUAUCGAUAUUGUUGUUCUGAUGGUACCGCCAGACUGGAUCAGGGAACCUGUACGGACGCCGACCCCGACCGAAAGUUACCGAGUAAGGCCGAAGUUGUGGCAGACGAAUUUAUCGCUGGAGACUAUCCUGUCUAUGUUCCCUUCCUGAUUGUUGGCUCCGCCUUCCUGGCCCUCCUUCUCUUCGGAGGCUCCGCCUGCUUCCUCUACAGCCGCCAAUCAUCCUCACAGUCUGUUGCCGUCGCUACCACAGCCACUGCCAUGACAACCACGCUCUCCUGCAGCUCCUCCACCUCCCUGUGUCCCCAUGGCGACCAUACCCUUGGAGACCAACCCAGGUGCCGUGGCGACAGCUGUCAUCACCAACACCUCUGUCGUGGCAACCAGCCCGGCAGCAGUGAGCGUCCAGCUGUGGAGGCUGGCUCCGCCCUCUCCAAAGCCGCCAGCCCCGCCCCCUACGCCACCAUGCCCCGCCCAGACUCCGCACAGGACACGCCCCCCUGGCCGCUAACGCCCUUCCCCAAAUUACCCAUCAGCCCCCAGCAGCUGCCCCCCGGCGUGCUGAUCCCUGCCGCUCUGCUCCGCGGCUACAUCCUGCCCUCCCAGCCCACGCCCACGCCCACCCCCACGGCCGCCCAGAGACAGUACCGCAUCCCCUCACCGCCGCCCAGCCUCACGGAAAGUCCUCACAGAUAA